ACAAUAAGGAAGUAGCAGGGAAACAGGCGCACCUGGAACACGGGUUGUUUUCCCCACAUAGAAGCAAAGGCUUUUCUCCCCCGUGACAAAAGAGAGCACAGAGAGAGGCUGCAGGAUGGAGGGCACUCGUGAUGCUGUUAGAGCUCCCGCAGAGAUCACCAGUUUCUGCAGGUGAGGCAGACCUUAGCUGUGCAGAACUGAAAGAGAAACACAGGAACCAUCUGCACAACUUAGAGCAAACUUCCCUCCUGCUGGCUCACAAACUGAAGGCAUAUCAGCUCCAGCAGAAGCAGUGGCUGACAGUGCUGAGUGAGAAAGCUAAGCUAGAGCUUCAGGAAAGCCAGAGGUUUUUGAGUGACCUGCUUCAGAAUGAUGUGAAGCUGUGCAGCACUUCCAAAGGCAGUGAUUCCCCUGUGCUGAAGCUGGACCAUGCAGAGCAUACACGGGCAGGACGCCAGCCUGCAGAUGACAGCACAGCUGGCAGUAAGAAAGAGGUGCGUCCACUGAAACUACUUCCAUUGAAUAUGGAGAGAGAUCACAGCCCAAAGGGACAAAGGAAAUCUCUCGGAGGAAGGAGUUCAUACGGCUCAGCCUUUCAUGAAGGAUCUCCCCCAGCAGAGGACGGGGAGCCAUUGCAUGGCCACCAAGGCCUGAACCUGCAGUCAGCUCCCACAGAGCUGCCCCACGGGGGGCCCUGCACAGCAGAUGGCUCCAGGGAGAGCAGUGACCAGGACAGCCAGUGGAGCGAUGUUGGCCGACACUAUGGACGCUCCAGAUCCUUCUGCUGCUUCAGCCUGGCCAUGGUGGAGCAGUGCCUGAGGGGAGAGGAGCUGCGCGCCCGGCACCAGGCCGCCCUCCUGGAGCUGCGCCGGAGAGCUCUGCGGGAUAAAGCCAGAGCCGAGCUGGCCUGGCUGAGCCACCAGAGGCGCUGUCUGGAACUCCUGCAAGAUACAGAGGGAGCCUCUGCCGUGGCUGAGAAGCAGCACAAAGUCCUAACAGAGCUGAAACGGGAGCAGGUAGAAAUACAGCACCUGCAAAGUAUCUACAGGGCGGCCCAUCAAGAAAGGAAGCUCUUAUUAAAGCAACAAAGAGAAAUCUUAAUGAUACGGCAGUCAACAGCAAAACUCCGGGAAGAGCUGCAUCAUCUAACUGGGAAGAAAAAGCUUACCAGCAGCCCCGCUACUGAAGAAGUAAUUAAGCCAAAGAUGAGACAGAUUUCUAAUGCUGUGUUAGGUUCCUCCUUGGCAGAAACUACAAGGCCUGAUGUGCCUGGGAAUAAGCAGAACUGUGUCCAGCUAAAGAACAAACAAAACAAGAAAUAUGAUGGCUUUUCUACCAAGAAUAAGAAAACACUGCUACAAUACCAGGGAUGGGCAGAGGAGCCCCUGAGUUUGCAGCAGUCCCUGGGUGCACAAAGUCCUGAUGCGUCUGGAACAGAAGCCAAGAAAAUGUGUGAUGCCACCAGCCAAACCACAGGCGUGGUCUGUAUGAUCAAACAUACCAUAAGUGCAGAUGAUGAUACCUCAUUCUCAGGAGAUCAAGAGAACGGUUGUGUGACAGUGCAGAAAGAACUCAGGGAGCAGAGAAAUGGCAGAACUUCUAGAAAAGAACAAGACCCGUGCAGUCCAUUUCAGGCUGGGACAAGUAAGAAAGAUCUUUCUUUUGAUGACCAAGACAGUGAAAAAAGAUCAGCACCAAUGUCAAGUGAAUCUACAGUAAUGGAAACUCAGUUAAGGAAAGAAAGUUCGUUAGCGGAGCUGAGGGUUAGCCCGGAUUCUGAAAGAGAAUCACAGAUCAUGGAUGUAGCUGAAAAAGCACCUUCUGAAAUCCUUUUUUCAGAAGAUGUUCCACGUGAAGUGGAAAUGUCUGCCCCUUGUGAGAUGCACCAGGUGGAUGGCAGGCAGUGCCUGAAGCCUUUGGGCCAUAAUUCUCAAGAAACUUCUGAUGAAGAACUACAGUGGAAAGCAUUUUCCAAAGGAUUAGGUUCUACUGAGUCAUUGUUCAAGUCAAACAGCUUCUCUCCAAGCUCUGAAAGUGCCAGAUCUGACUGUUCUCUCCCAGAUUUUCAGAAAGUGUCUGCAGUUUGGAUUGAUGUUUUAGAAUGCUCUAUUUCAGAUUUUGAAUUAGAGGUGCAAAAUGGAGAGGACGCAGAUGUCAGUAUUCCAGAAGAAUUAGUCUAUGAUGCUUUUCCUAAUGCUCCAAAAGAGACACCAAUAGCAAUAAAUUCUGGGAGGAAAACAUUACAUAGUGACAAACAUAAUGAAUGUGGAGUGUCCAAGGAUGACAGCAGCACAGAGAUUUCAUCAUGCUCUCAGGUCUUCCAGAAAUGUCCUGGAGAGGCUUCAGCUCAUGGGUGCACUGGUCAUUUGCUUUCUUUCCCUUCAACAGACAAAGCAAAUGCCUCCAAAGCAACACCACUUGAUUCCCCUCAGUUUGACAAACCCACCAAGGGAACAGCUGCGCCACACUUGGAAGCCUCAGAAAACUCAAAAAAUGCAGCUGCCAGCCCCUUAUGUAGUGAUGAUAUUUACCUACUUCAGAUCUACAAACAGCACAAUCCUAAUUCUAUAACUAACAAAUCAAAAAGGAAUGAUGAAAUUAACAGUUUAUCAGGGGAUCAAAGUCUUCCACUGGUGGAUUCUUUGAAACCUUUAGAUGUGGCUGCUAACCAGUGUAGUAGCACUGUCUCUUUCCCACCUGACAAAGAUACUGCAAAUGAUAAAUCAGUAGCACAUUCAUCAUCCAGAAAUGCAACAGUGCAAAAUGAUCAUGCACAGCUUUUGAAUGAGAAAGUCAUAUCUGGAAAACUCAAUAAGAUUGUGUCUCUGCCCUUGUCCACGCAAGGGAUUUCUGAGGAAGUCCAUACAGAAACCAUCUCCUUUGGGUCUUUGCAGAGGUUGGCCACAGAAACUCAUAACAACUCAAAAACUGCCAGGCAAGCCACAGAGGAAUUGGGGAAUGGACAGCUUUCUUCCAUUUCCUCAAAAAAACAGCUGUUUCAAUCUGAGAACUCUUUCAGAAGUGAAGAUUAUACAACUUUUAUUAGUGAUGAGGGUCUCCUUCCAGCUGAUGAGGCUACCUUGUCAGAAAUACUGUCUCCUGUUGAUGAAGUGUUGUCCUAUGGAAGUGCUGACUUGCCAUCCUCUAAUAGAAAGGAUUUGUCAUUUCCAAGUGAAGAUCUUCCUCCUCCCCCUUUGGGUGUAGAUACAGUGAGAAAGGAUGAUUCUAGCUUCAGUACAGAUGAUUUCCCAUCUCCACCAGAACAAAUGACAGUCCCAGAGACUGGACAGUGUAUGAAUGAAGAUAUAUCACUGAAAAUGGAUGCAUUCUGUCCAAUACCUGAUAACACUGUGUCUGAAGAAUAUCCCUUGCUCAAUAGAGAGCCAAUUGAUAUCUUUUCAACUCAGGAAGGUAACCUCUCAGAACAAUAUUUAGGUGAAGAAGAUAUUUCCUGUGCAAAGGAGCACUUGUCAGAAUACCAGGAAGGAGAGCAGGAGACUCCUUCACAGCAUUUGGAGCUUCUGCCUGUGUCAAAUACUAUUUCUCCUAGUCAGGCCAGUAAAAAUCCUGCUUCCAUGAUGAAACAAUGCAAAACAUACGUAACGCUGCCUGUAGCUGAGGAGGACAGUGAUGACCCAUUAUCAGCAUUUGAAAUUGGAGACAGAGUUUUAGUAAAGCACACCCAACCUGGAACCCUGAUGUUCAAAGGACGGACUUGUUUUGCUAGUGGCUACUGGGCCGGUGUUGCACUGGACAAAGCUGAAGGUGAUCAUGCUGGAACUUACAAAGGGGUGAAGUAUUUUGAGUGUGCACAGCACUGUGGUAUCUUUGUCAGACCUGGUGAGAUUUCACACCUCUUGGAGUUUAACAAAAAUGGUUCCAGUUCCACUGGGGAUGAAGACUCAGACUCCUUCUGUGAUGAUGAAUCCUUCAAAAGAGACUGCGAGUACCUUAAAGCUGGUGAGCAGGGUGAAGGGGUAACAGAGAAGAAAGCUGAAGAUACAAAAAGUGCAGGAGGAUCAGGAGUGUCAGAAAAGCAGUCUAGGCUAUAUGUUGCCUUGCAGUCUGGAAAAAGUCAAACGUUUCCACAUUCUGACCACUGUAAAUGCGAUGAAUAUAAUCAUCAAAACAAUUUAAUGUGCUGGGGAUCAGAUGAAGAAAAAUCAGAUAUAAUACAAAUAAAACAAGGGAUGCUUGCAGAUGUGCCUCCAAAGGAAAAUAAGACUAACCAUGCAGAUAGGAUGAGCACAAGCAAAAAUGUUUGUUGCUUGGUAGAGGAUCAGAUAAGAAAUAAACUCACGGAUGAUAUCGCAGCUGAACUCAGUAAGAAACUUCUAUUUGAUGCGUUAAUUGCAUUCUCUGAAACAGCUCCACACAAAUACAAAAGUGCCUUUGAAGAAGAUGUGAUGAAUUAUAUCAAAGGCCUGAAACAAGGAGACAGUCAGAAACAAUUUCUUAUCAAAGAAAAUCCAGUUGCUAGCUUAACUGAGCAAUCAGCAAAGGUUGCUGACCUUUUACUGCGUGAUUUCAAUAUGUUUAGCAUUCCUGGUUGUCGCACAAUAGCAGAAAGAAUUGUGACUAAAUUUGUAGAUGAUGCAGUUAAGGAAUAUAAGAAGAUUAAAAGAAAACAAGGAGUAAAAACAGACAAGAGAUUUCCUUCAUCUUCAGAGACUUCUCCGACUACUUUGCCUGUAAGUAGGUUCCUUAUAAGAAUCCUUGAUGCUGGUGUUUUUGGAAGCUCUGAAGAUUUUGAUCAGCCUUACUCUAAUGAACGUGCUCUGGAAAGACAAGCACAAAAGCAAUACUUGUUGGAUCACUGGCACUCAGCUCCUUGGAAGAAAACUGUAGAAGUUCCCCUUGUGGUACCACACUAUACUUCAUAUGUUAAGGACUUGUCUGCGUAUGCUGUAGAAGAGUUAUGGACUCCGGAAAACAUUUAUUCAAAUUUCACAAGAAUCAGUGAGCCAAAGAAGCUUGAGUGUAAUGACUUCCCGGGGGAUGGUUUGGAAGCAGAAAGCAAGAGGAUGUAUGAUCAGGUUAUAUUCGAUUUGACACAUGAGCUUCUACGUGCGGAAUAUCAAGUAACUGCACAUCCAAAUACCUUUCCAUGGUUGAAAGAAAACUUGAGAUCUUGCUGGUCUAGGUGUCACUGCAGAAGCACAGAUGUCGAUGAGGUUAAGACAUUUGUUCAGGGGGAAAUUAUUAAAAUAAUGAACCUGGAAAGGAAUGACUUAGAAAGGAAAAGAAAAAUCCUUAAUAUGACUAAGUAUGGAAACUGUGGGAGAGACAGAGUGGAUCUCAUUCUGAUUCAGGAACUCCACAAAGAAGAAUCUCAGUGGACUUACUACGAUGAUGAUGAAUUAACUGUGAAGAUGAGCGUGACUGAAGACAUAUUUGAUAGCUUGAUCCUUGAUACAGUCAGAGUUCUCAACAAGAUUUAUUUGGGAAAAGCCAGUGAUUAGAAGUUUGCCCUCGUGGUGGAGUUUUAAUCCCUGAUUUUUUUAAAGCAAGAGAUGCAUGAUUAAUAAUUUUAAUUCUGAACUUUACCCAGUAUAAGUGUGGCCUAAGUUAUGUGUUCACAUUUACAAUGAAAGGAUGCAAGUAAAAAAAAAAAAAAAUACUACCUAAAAUUUUCCUCUUAAGUUUUGAACUUUGGGAAUGAUUAAGCUCAAUGCUCUUCUUAGAGUGGUGUUACUCAUGAUCUAGGUGGGGACAAUUUUAUUCUUCUGGUUUUUUAUCAAGUUAGCACUUUAUUCACCUAUGCAUUUUAAGAGCUCCUUGUGGGUUUAAAAUUGUAUGGGAGUCUAUGAUUAUACAGACAGGGUUCAAAAGCAAUUUAUGUGUAAAUGAUCUUAUUCUUCAUUAUCGCAUUCUGGUUGUGAAUGAUGAUGGAUGAAUCACAUCUUAAGAAAAAUGUUCAGAAAAUCAAUGCUGUCUGUCUUCAGAAAAUCAAGGUGCAGAUAGAAUUAAAUCUUAUAGGAGUUAAAUCGUUGCUGAUGUCUUGGAAUAAACUCAUCUAAUGGGAACAAGUCUAAAACUUCUCCUGAGGGGCACAGCACUGUUACGGAGGUGGCAGUGCACCAGUUUUUACAUCCUGUAAGUGCUUAUAUUUAAAAUCACAAUAUUUACAGUCCAAUUGAAAUGCACUUUGUUUCUAUUUUCAAGUACUGAUGGUUUAACUGUUUUCAUACUGAAUUGCUUUCUGAAUAAACAAAAUAAAUCUAA